AUGAGAGUGCUGGGAUGUUUCCUGACAAAUCCGGAAGUCGGAAAGUGCUGCAUGAACGGCUACUUGGCUGAGUUUGUAUUCCUGGGCCUGUUUCUGGCAGAGAUGUCCAUGAAAAUGUACGGCCUCGGACCCCAGAACUACUUCCACUCCUCGUUCAACUGUUUUGACUUUGGGGUGAUUAUUGGCAGUAUUUUUGAGGUGAUCUGGGCUGCCAUCAAACCUGGGGCCUCAUUUGGGAUUAGUGUCCUGCGAGCUCUGAGACUGCUCAGGAUCUUCAAAGUCACCAAGUACUGGAACUCUUUGAGGAACCUGGUGGUAUCUCUGCUCAACUCCAUGAAGUCUAUCAUCAGCCUGUUGUUCCUCCUCUUCCUCUUCAUCGUGGUCUUCGCUCUGCUGGGCAUGCAGCUGUUUGGUGGCCAUAAGGAGCAGCAGAAGUCAAUGAAGACAAUGUCGGUGUGGGAGCAGAGGGCCAACCAGCUGAGGAGACAGAACCGGGCGAGCUGUGAGGCCCUGUACAGUGAACUGGAGCCUGAGGAGCGCCUCCGUCUGUCCUCGGCCCCCCACAAGACCCACCAUGACCGGCCACUGCUUGUCGAGCCCUGCGACGGGCCUAUGCUGGGCGGCCACCAGCACCACCAUCAUAAGCCCUGCAUGCCAGAGGAGGGUGAAACUGCCGCCGACCCUCCUGUGCCUCACCAGCCUCGUCGCCACCACCGCCACAGAGACAGGGACCGCACCAGAAAUAAAGAGGAGACAAAUGAUAACGGUGACACUGGUGGGAGACACCACGUCCAUCACAGUCGCUCCAAAGAUUAUGAUGGCAGUCGGGGCAAAGAGGGGAAGAGCGAGAGGUCCCGCAGCCGAGAGGGAGGCAGGAGGCAUCACCAUCAGAGCUCGGUGGAUGACAGCGGAGGUGGAGGAGUCACGAGCGAGAGAGAGCAUCGCCAUCAUCACUCACACCGGCAGUCCCGAGGGGGCAACGGGACAGUGAACAGUGGAGGGAGGGGAGAGCGAAGAUCCCGGCACAAAGAUGGACGUUCUUCUCACAGGGACGGGGACAGGAGUUCCAGGGGAGACAGCGGCGCCAAUGGAGAGAGGAGGAGACAUCGGACUCAUGGAUCCAGGGGCCAAUCCACAGUUGAGGGAGAGGAGCCCAACGAAAGAGAGAAGACUCAUGGUCACAGGGACAGGUUUGGUGACUCAGAGGGGGAGUCCCUAGCCAUCUCCCCUCAGCAGGACUCUAAGGGGGCCAACUGGCCUCCUGACGGACCAGAGGACUCAGACAACCAGCGGAAUGUCCAACGAACUGGCCGAAGCUCCAUCCAAAUUCCUCCUGUGACUAUCACCUCCCCACCUGGAGAGACCACCCUCAUACAAAUGAACAGUAUUGACUGUGAGACAAUGCCCAUGAAUGAGAAGACCCUGGAGGACCUCGGUCAAAGUGGACCCAAACCCAUCCUGCCUUACAGUUCUAUGUUCAUCUUUGGACAGACCAAUCCGGUGAGGCGGUUGUGUCACUACAUUGUGACCCUGCGUUAUUUUGAGAUGUCCAUCCUGGUUGUCAUAGCUAUGAGCAGCAUCGCUUUAGCAGCAGAGGACCCUGUCUGGACAAAUGCCCCUCGCAACAAUGUGCUCAAAUAUCUGGACUACGCCUUCACUGGUGUUUUCACUUUUGAAAUGGUGAUAAAGAUGGUGGACUUGGGCCUGCUGCUUCAUCCUGGAUCCUACUUCAGAGACCUGUGGAACAUUCUGGACUUCAUAGUGGUCAGUGGGGCGCUGGUGGCUUUUGCAUUUUCUGUUCACGGGUUGCGCCUGGGACACAUUCCCAUCUCGUCGUCCACCUAA